CCUCAAUACACGGGUUUCGUCACACGGAUGAUUUUCUAGCCAAUUACGCACAAUGUGGAAGAUCUCAUUGAACCGCAGGAGGAAGAGUCGCAACUUGGUGUUGGGGUUUCAGUCAGGGAUGUGUCCUGUGCGCGCACCUGGAGCCGCCGGAGACAUGCAGAGGCAACACAUUUUAGCCUGUUUCCACUCUGUUUUAUGAUACUGAGCCGCUGUGGACCUGAGAUUGAUUCCUGUGAUGGGGAGAAUCACAUGGAGCUGCGGUGCCGUGACCCUGCUGGCCAUCAUUAGCUCAUGUCGUGCCGUCACUCUGGAGUCCAUCCACUGGAGCAGCUCCAACACAAAAUUUAGUCCAGGUCAGGGUCUGAUCCUGUACCCUCAGAUCGGAGACAAGAUGGACAUCGUGUGUCCCCGGGCAGAUGCUUCCUUGGGGGAGAAGGAGGAGUUCUACCGAGUGUACCUGGUCUCCAGAAGUCAGAUGGAGACCUGCACCAUUGACAAGACCGACACGCCCCUGCUGAACUGUGACAAGCCCCACCGGGACGUAAAGUUCACCUUCAAGUUCCAGGAGUUCAGCCCCAACCUGUGGGGUCUGGAGUUCCUCAAGGGGAGGGACUAUUACAUCACCUCCACCUCUGCAGGCUCUCUGCAGGGUCUGGAUAAUACUAAUGGAGGGGUGUGUAAAACCAAAUCCAUGAAGCUGGUGCUGAGAGUCGGCCAGAACUCUUCAGAUCCACCUUCAACCCUCCAGGAGUCCCCCACCAGAUUCCCACCCACACGACCAAAGUCCAAGGACCCCUCUGCAAAGGAAAAGGAUAUAACAGACAAAACUGACUCGGGCUCAGAAACAGGACAAACAAACCCCAGUGGCAGCGGUGGCGGCUCGGAGCCAGGACUGCUCAUGUGGGUUGUCUCUGGCGGUGCAAUCCUCCUUCUGGUCAUCAUAAUUCUGCUGGUCGUGCUGUGGAGGAACCGUCACCGACGCUGUGUCCCAGAUAGCCAGCAGUCCGCCUCCGUGUCCCUCAACACUUUGGCCGUGGCGAAGCGGGACAGCAUUGGCAGCGACAACAACGGCUCGGACCGCAGCGAUGUCGUGUUUCCUCUGCGGCCUUCUGACAGCAUGCUCUGCCGCCAUUAUGAGCGUGUGAGCAGCGACUACGGGCCCCCUGUGUACAUAGUUCAGGAGAUAACGCCCCAGAGUCCCACCAACAUCUACUACAAAGUCUAAUGUUUGCUGCUCUAAUGCCAGGCUUUGGCGGAUAAUCUUAAACUGUCGGAGACACACACACAGCACCUCCACUGCUUUAGUGUUUUAACCUUUCAGUGGGUGUAAGGAAAAGUCACUUGAGGGAUCAUACAUAGGCCUGAUCUGAGAGAACAGACCAUAUACUUCUCCUUGUUUUUGUGCCACAAGUGCACAAAAUGCUGUUUUCUUCUGAAGAGACAGUCAGAGAGGAAACUGAUGUGUUGGAGGAUGUCACUCAGCUGUGUUCAGUUUGUUUUGUGAAAUACGUUUUGAAGCGUGCAGCGAACACCAGUGGUUGGAUGUGUAUUUACUUAAGUACUGUACUAAGGUACAACUUUGAGAUACUUUACAGAAGUAUUUCCAUUUCAUGACACUUUAUACUUCCACUCAGCUCCAUUUCAGAGGGAAAUAUUGUGAUUUUUACUCCACUACAUUUAUACAGCAGCUUCAGUUUAGACUUUACAUACAAAACUUUAACAAUAUGAUGCACUGUAAGAAAUUACACUACACAACAGUCAACAAAUCUGAGCUUAAACAAUUAGUAGGGCUGCCCCCGACUAAGACUUUUCCUAAUCAACCAACACUCGUCAUUUAGGGCCAUUAGACAACUAGUCGCCUGCAUGUUUACGAUAUUAAUUUAAUUAUUAAUUUAUAUAUUUUGGGCGGGGCAACACAAUGGUUUAAGUCCAAGGUGUGAGAAAGAAUAGUAUCAGUAACAUUGUUAACACUGUGCUACAUUACAGAGAAAUACAAAACCGUACUAAAUGAACCUUCAUUAAUAUAGGCCUAUAUUUUAUCUACAAGUGCACGUCACACACUGAGCGAGCCGCCUGUUAAUGACGCUGUCGGCAAAGCAGUAAUGAUUGUGCUAAGUGGCUAAUGGGCAUGUAGCUACUUCCAUGUUUCAGAUGAUACGUCAUGUUUGUAGUCGACCAAUGAAGAUGAGUUUACAUAUCACCUUGGGUUCGUCCUUCACCUUCUCAAAAUGAUCCCACACUUUGGAUUUCCUGCCUGACAUGUUAUUAACUAGCCUGUGGAAUAACCGCAGGUACCAGCCCUGGAAAUUAACAUGACUCCUGUCUGACUGCUGACUGUGGCCACUUCCUGUGUCCCUUCAAAUUAAAUUCCCACAUGGUCCAGUCAUAUAGGUUUUGAUUUAUUUUGACAAGGUGCAGCUCCUCAUAGAGUUUCACUUUUGUUUGUUGUUUGUUUUUUUCUUCUGCAACUAAGUGACCAAUGAAAUCUUGUCGACCAAUAAUCUUUCUGGUCGACUAACAUUUGGUCGACUGCCAGGGGGCAGCCCUAACAAUUAGUUGAUCAAUCAGCUAUUGUUUGAUAACUGAUUGAUUAAGUAAUUUUUCAUGCAUAAAUGUCAAAAAUUUUAUAAUUUCUGCUUCUCAGAUUUGCUGCUUUGCUGAAUCAUUUUGAGGUUUGUUUGAACUUAUGGAUAGACAAAAGAAGACGUUUGAAUUUGGAGCUUGGAAACUUGGAGCUCUAGUUGUGAUGCAUUUCUUACAAUUUUCUUACAUUUUACAAACCAAACAAUACAUGGCUUGAUCAAGGAAAUACUUGAGGGGGAAUAAUUAUACGCACAUCACAUAGGCUUUAAAAAAACAGCAUACAUUAAGGAAAGAAGUAACGCCUGCAUAAUUACUCAAAAAUUACCGCAAAAGUUUAAUCGCAACGUUUCGAUCCAACAAGUAUCUUCAUCAGGUCAACUCACCCUUCAUUAAGCCCUUACCAUAUUGUUGGAAAAAUGAAACAGUGAUUGCAGAGAGAGGCAGACAGAGGGGUCUACAGUCUGUGUUUGAAGGAUAUAUCCAGGAUGUCAAACUGACUCAGCAGCAACAACAGGUUAAAAAGACAAAGAUAGUUAGAAGCUAAAGCCGAACUAUAGGCUACAGAUCACAGUGUAAAAGUGAACCACCACAUCACUGCUGAUCGACACAGAAGACAAUGAAUAUAAAGGGAAACUUUGC